CAGUUAGAUUGCCUUACUAGAGUAUACGAUUUUUUCACCGUUUGUAUGCUGAUAUCGCCAUUGAUACUUCGCGAGAGUUGGAAGUACAAUUUAAAUGAUUAACUAAUAAAGCCAGCUGCAAAAAUAAUUCGUACGUUUGGUGCGUGCCUCAGUUGCUCGAACGCUUGUGGAUGAGUAGGGUGCUAUUGUGGAGUACGAAGUGAAACAAAACUGGGCAUACAAGUGGGCUGAUUUGCUUCAUCUCGAAACAUGCUUGCGAUGGAAAACUCCUGCAUCGUGCUGGACCCAAAUGCAACAUGUGUGCUCACAAAUAACGAAAGACAGUUCAAGAUGUUGAAUCAUGCUGUCGACGAUAGCCAAGUCCGCGGACACCAGCGUGUCCCAUCGGACACCAAGGAGUUCCACGAAGCUACCAAGCGCGAUGCCUUGCUUCGGCUACGUAAGGAUUUGGACAAUCUACUGCAAACAGCGGACGAUGCCAAGAAACCAAUUCUGCAGAAGGAAAUGUGCGGCUUCGAGGCGCUAUUUCAUCGAUUCCUUCAGGAAGACGGUCCCUCCGUAGAAUGGGAUCGUAUCCAAAAAUUGCCGCAGGAUGCCGUCAAGGACUAUUCCAGUCUGAAGACUCCCCAGGAGUCGGAAAUCCGUCAAAUGCUGGACAAGCUGGUUGUGAUCAAGCUGAAUGGUGGUUUAGGUACUUCCAUGGGAUGUCACGGACCCAAGAGUGUCAUUCCCGUUCGCAACGAUCUAACAUUCCUCGAUUUGACCGUGCAGCAAAUCGAACAUUUGAACAAGACAUAUGGCGCCAACGUACCACUGGUGUUGAUGAAUUCAUUCAAUACCGAUGAUGACACGGAGAAAGUUAUUCGCAAAUACAAAGGAUUCCAGGUUCAGAUUUACACGUUCAAUCAGAGCUGUUAUCCGAGAAUUAGUCGUGAUUCUUUGCUGCCGGUGGCCAAGGAUUUCAACAUCGAGAACGACAUCGAAGCAUGGUACCCACCCGGUCACGGAGAUUUCUAUCAAUCGUUCCAAAAUUCGGGACUGCUGAAAAAGUUCCUCGAUGAAGGUCGCGAGUACUGUUUCCUGUCAAAUAUAGACAAUCUGGGCGCUACGGUUGACAUCAACAUUCUGAAUCGCUUGCUCGGUGAUGACCGACAGGGUGAUAAACCGAUAGAAUUCGUUAUGGAGGUUACCGAUAAAACCCGGGCCGAUGUGAAGGGUGGUACUUUGAUUCACUACGAAAAUAAGCUGCGGUUGCUGGAAAUUGCCCAGGUUCCCAAAGAGCACGUGGAUGACUUCAAGUCGGUGAAAACGUUCAAAUUUUUCAACACAAACAACAUUUGGGCACGAUUGGAGUCCAUUGAUCGGGUCUUGAAUGCACGCACCAUGAACAUGGAAAUCAUUGUCAACAAUAAAACGCUGGACAAUGGCAUGCGAGUGAUUCAGCUGGAGACUGCCGUUGGUGCAGCCAUGAAAUGUUUCGACGGCGGAAUCGGAAUCAAUGUGCCACGGUCGCGUUUCUUGCCCGUGAAGAAAACUUCCGAUCUGCUUCUGGUUAUGUCUAACCUGUAUAGCCUCAAGUAUGGAUCACUAGUCAUGUCCCCGCAACGCAUGUUCCCAACCACACCGUUGGUUAAACUAGGAGAUAAUCAUUUUAGCAAGGUCAAGGAAUUCCUCGGACGUUUCGCCAAUAUCCCUGAUUUGAUAGAAUUGGAUCAUUUGACGGUGUCCGGUGAUGUGACCUUCGGGCGAGGCGUAUCGCUCCGAGGUACUGUAAUUAUCAUUGCCAACCACGGUGAUCGUAUAGAUAUUCCCGCGGGAGCGAUUCUAGAGAACAAAAUUGUGUCCGGUAAUAUGCGCAUUCUUGAUCAUUAAUUCAAAGUAUGCGUGUCGCUUCUCAUUACGGUUUUACGCCGCAAAGCUACCUACUCAGGAGAUAAUGGCAUAAUAGAGCGCACCACAAACAAAUACAUAUAAUUAGAUAAAGAGCUUCUCCAUAGAAAAAUUGUCACCCAGUGAAGCAAUAACAAUGUGCAAAAGUUUUAAACUUUUUUCGUUCUAGUAUCGAAUAUAAUGUUCGCCUAACGAAGUGUCAUCUUAAAAAAAAAUCAAAGAUUUAGCGGUUUAAACGUAGGUUUUAAGUGAGGAAAAACAAAGUUUUAUUGAUAUUUGUUUUACAUGUAGGUUCGUUCAUCGCGGUUGUUUUUAUGUUUGUUGAAUAAAGCGUUUGUAGUAGUCCAUAAGAAA